AUGGCCGACGAGGAGAUCCUACUAGAUAAUCUCCAGCCUAUAGCUGGGACGUCAUGCGCAACAAUCGAAGAGGUCAUCGAAUCCCAGAUCCGGAACGAGCCCAGCAAGGCCAACUUUUUCUCUAACUACCGAUUUGCGAGCGCGUCGCAGAUCUGCGUUCUACUGCUGUCGGUAUGCUGUGCGAUAGUCGCCGGUGCGGCAAUGCCUCUGGUGUCUGUUGUUUUUGGGGAGCUGGCGAGUGAGUUUGUGAGUGAAGAUGGGCAGACGUCGCGGGAUGUUCGAGAUAGGACUAAGCAUCUUACGCUAUUGCUGGUGUAUAUCGCAAUCGGAUCGUUUGUCACUACCAUGAUCAGCACAUGGGGUUUCAAUGUCGUCGGGGAGCACACUACCCGUCGUCUCCAGGCGAGAUAUCUCUCGUCCGUGCUGCGACAAAACAUGGCAUACUUCGAUAUGGUCGGUACUGGCGAACUGAUGACCCAAGUGGACCAGGACAUGAAACUCAUCCAGGCGGGCAUCUCGCACAAAGUGGGCAACCUGUUAUCCGGGGUAUCCGGGUUCGUGAUCGCCAUCAUAUGCGCAUUCGUCCAGAACGCACGUUUCGCAUCAAUCAUGAUAUCGCAGCCGCUGGCCCUAGUUGUCCUGGUAGGGAUAAUGGGGUCCUGGCUAAGCAGGACCCAGGAGACGGGCAUGGCCCAAUAUGCUCAAGCAGAUAAUCUAGCGCACGAGAUUCUCAGCGCCAUGAGAAACAUCAUUGCCUAUCGAAGCCAAAACAGGUAUGCUAGGAAGUACCAUGACCGCUUACUACGCCCCACUGCGCUGGACUUUCGAGAGCGGUUGAUUUUCGGAGUGACGGUUGCUGGCUCGUUCUCGAUUCUGCAUUGGGCUAAUGGAUUGGGCUUCUGGCAGGCAGACCACCUCUUCCGCCAGGGGCACUGUACUAUCCCACAGGCUUUGACGGUGUUGUAUGCAACGACUGUCGCAGGGAGCUUGCUAUGCCAAGCCUUGCCGUUCGUUGUUGAUAUCACCAAAGCCAACGGAGCAGCCAAGCGAGUGUUUACAGCCAUCGAGCGUGUUUCGCCAAUAGAUCCUAUGGCGGAUAGCGGGCGAAUAUGCAGUCCCAUCCGGGGAGAGAUUCGGUUUGAGGACGUCAGUUUUGCUUACCCCUCGCGACCUGAACAAACUGUCUUGGAGGAGAUCAACUUCCAUGUACCGGCCGGGCACACGGUCGCCUUGAUUGGGCCGUCAGGGUCUGGAAAGUCAACAGUCUUUGCUCUUUUGGAGCGUCUAUACAAUCCGCUUGGUGGAUUCAUCACUAUAGAUGAUGAGCCGAUUGACGAGAUGGAUCUGUCAUGGCUACGAUCCCAGAUUGGAUACGUUGGUCAGGAUGUUACGCUGUUUCGUGCGACUUUAUUCGAGAAUAUUGCGUCUGGGCUUCCAAACGCUGCUGCUGAGGGACUCGAUGCAUCUGCCGUCCGAAAGCUAGUAGUGCAGGCUGCCCAAACAGCGCAAAUUGACUCCUUCAUCAUGAGUCUUCCUCAAAAUUACGGUACUGUAGUAGAUGGGUCAAGUCUCUCCGGUGGGCAGAGGCAAAGGCUCGCAAUAGCCCGGGCAAUCAUAUCCCAGCCAUCGAUCUUACUUCUAGAUGAGGCUACCGCCGCUCUAGAUAGCGAAAGUGAGAAAGAAGUCCAGGAGGCUCUCGACAAGGCCGCGGCUGGACGAACUAUGGUGGUGAUUGCCCAUCGACUUUCAACAGUCCAAAAUGCCGACACCAUUAUUGUUAUGCAAAGUGGACGCAUCUUAGAUCAAGGGUCUCAUGCGGAGUUAAUCAGCACAUCUGUCGUGUACCAGGAGCUAGUCAAGCAGCAGGAACUUCGGCCAGAUGACGAAUGCCAGGACCUUCCUUGCGCAGAGAGGAGCUUCGAAAGCGAGUUGGGGCCUAAGUCAGUUUAUACUGGUGUUACGGAGACAUCAAAACGUGCUACCCUUCAAGAAUUCCCCAAGAGCAGCGGUAUGGAUCAUGUUUGGCAUUUGAACAAGCCCGAGCUGCCCCACGUCGUCGCAGGUACCAUUCUCAGUGUCCUUGCCGGAAUAACAUAUCCGGUCCAAGCGAUCUUCUUUGGCAACGGGAUCACGUCAAUUGUUGAUUCGCGUCUCAGCACAGGUGGACAUAGCGUUCGCUUUUGGGCGCGGAUGUACCUCAUCCACGGCAUCAUUGUGUUUACAAUAUACUGUGCGCGAGGAUACUGUUUCGCGGUCUCUGCGUCUCAGCUGCAACUCCGAGCCCGCUCAGGCCUGUUCAAAGCGCUACUGCUAAAGAGCCUCCCGUUUUUGGAUCACAGAGAUCACUCAAUAGGGGCGAUGGUGAGCUUCCUCUCAUCGGGUACGCCAAAAAUUAUCGGCGUCUCAGGAACAUCGCUAGGACUUGUCGUGGAGAGCAUCGUGAUGCUCGCAACAGGUAUCACAGUCGGGUGCAUCUUCGGAUGGAAGCUAGGCAUCGCAGCAACAGCCACAGUCCCAUUAAUAGCCAUGUCCAGCUUCCUGCAGUACUAUAUUGAAGCGCAAGUGCAGAAGCACGUCAAGCGCGACACCGCUGCCGUAGCCAUCGCACAAGAAGCUUUCUCAGCGAUCAAAACUGUGACAGUCCUCGGUCUGCAGAGAACCGUCCUCGCGUCUUUUCAAAUAGCAAGCACGCAAGAGACGCAGGGUAAAUACUGGGCCAUGUCGGCCGCCAUGUACGCAUGCACUACAUCGCUCCGCAUACUGAGCAUUGCCUUUGUAUUCUGGUACGGCGGAACCCAUCUCAUCGCCACAGGUGAGUACACCAUCCAGCAGUUCUUUAUCUGCUUCGCUGCUACAGUCUGGGGGUCCCAAUCUGCUGCGGCUCUCUUCGCGCAUGCCCCAGACAUCGCGGGCGCACACGCUGCUGCUUCGCAGCUUACGGAGCUGGUGCAGAGCGAUAACCCUCAGCCCCGUAUCGCAGACAGCGCACAACAAUACAGGCCCGCUCCCAUCCCCAUCCCGAACACUACCGAGUCCCUUGCACUACGACAAAUCCACUUUCGAUAUCCUACACGCCCCUCCCAGGCAGCUUUGAACGGAAUUACUCUGCACGCUCCCGCCGGAGCCUUCAUCGCGCUCGUCGGGACAACAGGCUGCGGCAAAAGCUCGGUACUCAAUCUAGUGGAGCGGUUCUACGCAGCCGACGCCGGGGAAAUCACGUUGGGGAAUCGAUCCAUCGAGGACUACGACAUAGACAGCUAUCGGGGAUACCUAGCGCUCGUCGACCAGAACCCUUGUCUGGUCGGCGAAGAUCUCCGCGAGUGCCUGCAGAGCGACGAACGGAUUGUCUCCGACGGCUCGAUCAUGGCAGCAUUGGAACACGUCGGAUUGACUGAUUUCGUGAGAUCCCUUCCUCGAGGCCUGGAUACGCCAAUGUUGGGCAACGGAUCGACUGUAUCUGGGGGCCAACGCCAGCGCAUGGCCAUCGCCAAGGCUUUUCUAUGGAAUCCAAAGAUACUUCUCCUUGACGAGGCCACCUCCGCACUGGACAGUGCCUCGGAGCAACUGGUCCAGCGGGCACUACAGCGGACGAUGAAGGGCCGGACCACCAUCGCCGUGGCGCAUCGGCUUAAGACGAUUGUGAAUGCCGAUGUGAUCUUGGUGCUGGAUCGUGGGCGGAUUGUCGAGAGAGGAACGCAUGACGAGCUGAUGAGGCUGAGGGGGAAGUAUUGGCGGAUGGCUAGGUUGCAGCAGUUGAAUGGGGUUUCAUUUGAGUAG